GGAAGGGGGGGGGAGAGCGCGGCGGGGACGCGCACGCACGGGGGCAAGGCGCGGUCCCGCGGCUGUGCGUGCGCGCUCCCGGCCCCCCCCGCCUUCCCCUCUCUCUGUCCCUCUCUCUCCCUCUCUCCGCCGCGCUCGGCCGGCUCUGCCCCCCCUUUGUGCGCGCACCGAGCCGCCCCCGCAUCGCCGACUCGCCAUGGCCGACGAGAAGCCCAAGGAAGGAGUGAAGACUGAAAACAAUGACCACAUUAAUCUGAAGGUGGCAGGGCAAGAUGGGUCUGUGGUGCAGUUUAAGAUUAAGAGGCACACACCACUUAGUAAACUAAUGAAAGCCUAUUGUGAACGACAGGGGUUGUCAAUGAGGCAAAUCAGAUUCCGGUUCGAUGGGCAGCCAAUUAACGAAACAGACACACCUGCACAGUUGGAAAUGGAGGAUGAAGAUACAAUUGAUGUGUUCCAGCAGCAAACAGGAGGAGUUUACUAAAACAAAAACACAAAAAAGAACCUGCUACUUUCCUCUCCAGAACUGUGCUCCCGCAGGCAACACUUCACAAUUAGAAAAAUGAGACUUGGUUCAGCCACAUCCUGACUACUGCAGUAUAGUUUUCUCUCUUCUCUCUGAUUUUUUUCCUAUUCCUUCUAUUGUACAUAAAGUAACUGGUGACGUGCACAGACAUAAUGCAUAUUUUUUUUAACUAAAUGGCCAAUGGUAUGUUUUGAUCAACAUUUAAUGGAGAUGGGGUGGGAAAACAAACUGGUUCUGUGAAAAUGCCCCUCUCUCCGUUAGUGGCAUGCUCCUUCUACUUUUAUCUUUAUAUUCCAGUAAGUUAUUUUGCUCUCACUGUUUAAAAACAAAAACCUUGCAUACCUUGUUUGAUUGGAUAAUUUCAAUGUUUUUCUUUAUCAUUGUAAAACCAAGGGCAAUUUUAUAACUUUUUUGUACGUAGCUGUUACAUGUAGAGCAAUCUCUGUCUAAGUAGGGGUAAAUUACUCUUUAAAAAAAAAAAAGGAAAAAAAAUUCUAGAUAGUUUUCCCUUCAAGUAAAGCGUCUUGUUGUUUAAAUAAACUUCUUGUUUAAAAUAA